AGGGCUCGUGGGCGCGCUGCCACUGCCACUGCCACUGCCGACGGAUGCGGCAUUCAGUUCGCUUUCUGUGCUCGUGCGACUCGCACCGCUGGUGGGCGUUCUCAAUCGCUUACAAACUGACGUACGAAAUCGCGACUUGAAAACGCAUAAAAAAGCCAUUCCAUUCCAUUGAAUAUGGACACGCGAUGCAAUAACCCAUAAACAAUUAACAAACUGCGAAUAUUCAUCAAGUGGUCUGCGUAUACGCAACACCCAAAACGGUACACAUAAUUCCAGUGAUAAAUUCCAUGUGUGUGUAUGUGAAAUUGUUCGACAUUGUUUCGGGUUAUUAUUUGUGCCAUUGACAUUGACAUUGUCAUUGCCGCCUGCUCACUGCAGUUCCGGCAAAGCGCUGGAGAACAGAGGAGCAGCAGCAGCAGCAGCAGCAGCAGGAGGGAGAGCUAGCCACCAGAUUGGCUGUGAUAGCAGGCGAGGGAAAACUUUUCAAGAGCGUGGAAUAUUUCGAGCCAGAAUGCUGACGAGUACAACAAGACCGUAGGAACCGCAGGAGCAGCAGCAGCAGCAGCAGCAGCCACAAGGAGACACAAAAGUUUUCAACGACUGGAAGCUGCCUCAAGAGUUUGCGGUGCCCCACAAAGCGCUUGAAUGGAGUUCGACAAUGGCUUGCUGUGGCAGUGGCAGCGCGGAGCAGCGGCCGGCAGUGAGCUCAGUGACGAGCGACUCUACUACAUAGCCCCGCAGCAGCCGCUGCUGCGCAACGAGGAGGAUGACUAUCCGGAUGCCGCCCUCUCGCUGACAGACUCUGCCUCGCUGCUCUACAAUGCCACUGUGGGCUCGGGGGAGCUGGAGGUGAGCGAUGCGGAGGCGGUCUACAGCUAUGCAUCAACGACCACGCUCAAUGGCCUGGACUUUGAGCGCCUCAAUGUCACGGUCCUGAUGAACUUCAGCUGCGAGGAAACAGAGUCCCUCUCGGAUGAUAUGUGGUCCAGCAACUACUUUAAGAGCACCGUCUACCUGCUGUACAUUCCAAUCUUCAUCUUCGCACUGAUCGGCAAUGGCACCGUCUGCUACAUCGUUCAGUCCACGCCACGCAUGCGCACCGUUACGAAUUAUUUUAUAGCGAAUCUGGCACUGGGCGACAUACUGAUGUCCCUGUUCUGUGUGCCCUCGUCCUUCAUCUCGCUGUUCAUCUUGAACUACUGGCCCUUUGGCAUUGUGCUCUGUCACUUUGUCAACUACUCGCAGGCGGUGUCGGUGCUCGUCAGCGCCUACACACUGGUGGCCAUCAGCAUUGAUCGAUACAUAGCCAUCAUGUGGCCUCUCAGGCCACGCAUCACAAAGCGUUAUGCUAAAUUUAUCAUUGGCGGCGUUUGGUUUAUUGCACUUGCCACCGCAUUUCCCAUACCCGUUGUCUCCCGCCUCGUCAUACCCUCAUCGGUGUGGCACGAGAAAUGCGAGAAAUUCAUCUGCCGCGAGAUGUGGCCAUCCAGCGAUCAUGAGUACUACUACACACUGUCCCUGUUCACGCUGCAGUUCGUUGUGCCGCUGCUGGUGCUCAUUUUCACGUACACGCGCAUCGCCAUCGCCGUGUGGGGCAAGCGACCGCCCGGCGAGGCGGAGAACUCGCGGGACCAGCGCAUGGCGCGCUCCAAGCGUAAGAUGAUUAAGAUGAUGCUGACGGUUGUGAUUGUGUUCACCAUCUGCUGGCUGCCGUUCAACAUACUGCAGCUGCUGCUCAAUGACGAGGAGUUUGGAAAGUGGAAACCGCUGCCGUACGUGUGGUUGGCCUUCCACUGGCUGGCCAUGUCGCACAGCUGCUACAAUCCCAUCAUUUAUUGCUACAUGAAUGCCAGAUUUCGUGGCGGAUUCCUGCAGAUAAUGUACCGUGUGCCCGGCCUGCGUCGCUGCUGCUGUCUGCACCGGUAUCUGCGCAGUCGCGGCGAACGCAGCUACGAAGCAACCGGUGAGAUGACCUUCCAGUAUCAUCACCGCCGAAACGGUGAUGGUCUAGUCAGGAAACCUAAAAUACGCAUUAGGAACCGAAGAGGCCUUCCACCUGCAUCGUGUGAACACCUGCACCACAUACAUCAGCACAAGGCGAAAGCUACGAGCCAAUUCUAUGCAAGCGAGCCAAUUUUCAUGUGCAGAGACCACAGUUUUGCGGUAGCUGCCACAGCCGAGGAGCCGGCUCCACGAGAGUUCCAUGUGAAUGGCGGCAACUGCACGGAGCUCUAAAGGGAAGAGGCAAACCAAAGAACCGAAACCUACUCCAUCUGAGGUUCUGUGUGAAUGUUUUAAGUGUCGUUGUAAAUGUCG